CAGCCCGGGGAUAAACGCCAGAGCCACCCACCGUCUGAUCUCAGGAAUGAAGCAGAUAUGAUGGUCAGUACUGUGGGUAUAAGAUUCAUGGCUUUGGGGAUUAUUUACAGAUAAACUUUCAUCCUUUGGAUCAGCAUUUUCAUCUUCUUUAUUUCGCAUGCCUUGAUUUUCAGAAAGAGUUUUUAGUCUUUGAUAACUUUUGCAAGCACCCAUGAUCUAGUACUUGCUUUCCUCGCAUAUCUCAACUCGGAUACCAUAACGUCUUUGGUUAAUUCAGGGCCCAAAUGUGCUUCAGUAGGUUUUUCGUCUUGCUAAGGAGAGCACCUCUGCAUUUAUAUUUAUGAAUGUGGUUGAUGCUAUGGCUGUAACAUGUUGUGUUGCUCAAACUGGAGCUGACAGGGAAGUUCAACGUAUUCUUAUGGAGUUAUUAAAUCAGAUGGACAGGUUUGACGAAGCGGCGAAUGUCAAAGUUCUCAUGGCGAAUAAGAGAACAGAUACUCUAGAACCUGCUCUUCUGCGCCCUGGUAGACUUGACAGAGAAAUUGAAUUACCUUUCAGGUUCUUUCCCUUUUCUUGAGCCAGCUGUAUAGCCCGAUGGACAUAAAGGGUUAUCACGCUGUCUACCAUCUUGUUCUUGGCCUGCGAAACGAUGGUGGGGACUCGAUCGAAGGGGAACGUUAGAUGCAUUGGCGAGUGACGUUGAUCUUCGAUGCGGUAUGAUCCUACCAGUGAAGGUGGUGGCUGCUUUGGUGACGUCUUCUUCGCGGAAGAUGUUAUAAGAAGAUCGACUGCUGG